GUAUAUUUUGCUCCAGUCUCUCUCGGCUUUGUUGUUAAGCCAUAUCUUCAAAAGAUCACAUCAAUCUCGUCGUUUUUACUCUUCUGUGUGUUUCUGCUAACUUUCUACCGUUAAAAUGGUAGACUAUAGCAAAUGGGAUCACAUCGAGGUCAGUGAUGAUGAAGAUGACACCCACCCCAACAUUGACACGCCCAGUUUAUUUCGCUGGCGGCACCAAGCUCGUGUUGAGAGAAUGGAAGAAAUGAAGAGAGAGAAGGAAAAGCUUGAAAGUAAAAUAACUGAGAACAAGAGGCAACUGGAUCAACUGAGAAAACAGCUUGAGCAAGUUGACCUGUCAAAAAAACAUGAGCUCUUGAAGAAACUAGAGGAUGUUGAAAAAGAGCAAAAGAAAUUAAGAAAAGAGGAAGAGGACUUCCAUAAGAAGGAAAAGAAAGCUCCUAAAAAUGUAGAUACUCUAAGUCAUGAGGGAUUCACCAAGACUAUAAUUAAUAAUCCCAAGCCAGAAGCAAAGUCGGAAUUAUCAGAGGAAGAGCAAGCUCAGAAAUCGCAAGAAUUCAUGGACAAACACGAGAAGGAGAUCAAGCACUUUGGUAUGCUGCAGGAUUAUAAUGACAGCAAAGAGUACUUACUGAGGAACCCGCACUUGGCUUGUGACGACACUGCUAACUACCUCGCACUGUGGUGUAUCAACUUGGAGGUGCAAGAGAAACAUUCUUUGAUGGAAAGGGUGGCACACCAGACAAUCAUUAUGCAGUACAUACUUGAACUUGCCAAGUCGAUCCAUGCUGAUCCCAAGGUCACGCUAAAUUCCUUCUUCACAAAGAUCGUGCGUGCCAAGUCGGAGUACCCUGAGUAUAUACAGGCCUUUGACGAUGAGCUUGAGUCCUUCAAGACAAGGGUAAAGGAGAGGGCAGAGGCACGCAUAGAGAAAGCCAUGAAGGAGGCGGAAGAGGAAGAGAGACAAGCUCGCCUCGGUCCUGGAGGCCUGGACCCAGUGGAGGUGUUUGAGAAUCUGCCAAAGUCCUUGCAAGAUUGUUUCGACAAGAAAGACAUCGGCAUGCUACAGGACGUCCUGGGAACCAUGCCAGAGCAAGAAGCGAGGCACUGGCUCAAACAAUGCGUCGACUCCGGGCUCUGGAUCCCGAACGCGAAGGAUGCGGAGGGAGGGGAGGGUGGGGCGACAGCGGCUGCGGCGGCUGAGGAGACAUACGAUGAGGUCAGCGGCGCCGCCCAGUCUUCAUGACAACGGGUUGUUAAGGACAAUCGCUAAUCGACAACGCAACUUGUUGCUGAGGAUACAUUACUGGCCUGUUUACUGUCAUUGCAUUUGGAUUUGAUUUAAUCUUAAUCUUUUUUAUGUAGUCGCUAUUUGCAGUAACAAUUCAGAAUCGAAUGUCUUGGAGGUAAUUUCUGCUACGCUUCUUCUAUUAGUGAUAUUGUAUAUUAAGAGAAAACAAGGUUUUACUAUAAUCAUACAGAUUUAGAUUCUAGAGAUAACUUGUUUUGCUGUCUGUACUGCCAGAAAUACCAUUUAGGUUGUAUGCAAGCGAAAAUGUUGAAAUCCCACUAUAAAAGUACGAUACGCGCUUUCGAUGAAACCUUGACAGUUUUAAAAAGUAAACGAAAACGAUCUAAUUGAAAUGAUAUUUCUUUUUUCUUAAACUGCAUCGAAUUGCUCGAUGUUGUAAUUGAGAAUUCAAUUUCAAGUUUAUUCGUAUUAAAGGGUCUUAGCAAGGGUUAGGGCAGAGCGAA